AUGAAGUCCCGUCGCUGCCCUCGCCCGCUGGCCUUUUCGCCAUUGGCAGCUUUUGCCUCUAACCCGCUCACGCCUGAGAAGGCCGAAUUCAGUGUAAUCUUCUGGAACCUCAACAAGAUUGCCCGUGACAACGGCGGCAACCGUGCCUACGGCUACCCUGGCUACAAGGCCUCCUCUGACUUCAUCCUGGAGCGAGUUCAGACUCGUUUCGCCACCACUGUCGACACGAGGAUCCAGUACUUCAACCACACCUUCGUCCAGCUCAACGACAUUUCUGUCACUGGUCCUGAUGGCGAGGACGUUGUCGUCAUUGCUCUGACCUACAACCCCCCUACCCCUGCUGAGGGUAUCACCGCCGACCUCAUUGACACCCCUGUUGAUGACGUCCGCGGUUCUGGCUGCUUCGCUGACCAGUGGGAGGGCAUCGACGCCACCGGAAAGUUCGCUCUCGUCAAGCGAGGUGCUUGUGCCAUCUCCGAGAAGCUGAAGCUUGCUGCUUCCAAGGGUGCCGUUGGUGUCAUCCUCUACCACAACCAGCCCGGUAAUGCCAUCACUGGCGCCACUCUCGGCUUCGAGAACAUUGGUCUCAUCCCUCCUGUUGGCACCAUCCCUCUUGAGGUCGGUCAGGCCUGGAAGGCCCGCCUCGCCGCUGGCGAGACUCUCUCUGUCAAGCUGUUCGUCGAUGCCGUCUACGAGGAGCGUGAGACCUGGAACGUCAUUGCCGAGACCAAGGAGGGCGACCCCAACAACGUCAUUGUCCUCGGUGCUCACUUGGACUCUGUCCCCGCCGGCCCUGGUGUCAACGAUGACGGCUCUGGCACCAGCGCCAUCCUCGAGAUCAUCAGCUCCUUCAAGAAGUACAAGGGCCUCAAGAACAAGGUCCGCUUCAUCUGGUGGGGCGCUGAGGAGGUCGGCCUCAUCGGCUCCCUCUACUACACUCGCACUCUGUCUGAGGAGGAUGCCGAUAAGAUCCGCUUCUACUUCAACUACGACAUGAUUGGUUUCAUCAACCCCAUGUUCGCCGUCUACCGCGGUGACAACGCCGGCGACGCCUUCGGCGCCGACAUCCUCUACGAUUACCUGACCAAGGAGGGGUUCCCUGCCGAGUACGCUCCCUUCGGUACCGGUUCUGACUACGUGGGCUUCGUCAACAUUGGCGUUCCCUCGUCUGGUCUGUUCACCGGCACUCCCCCCUACGAUCCUUGCUACCACCUUGCCUGUGACAACAUUGACAACAUCAACUGGGAGGCAAUCACGGUCAACGCCAAGGCCGCCGCUCGCGCCGCCGCCAUCCUCGCCAAUAGCGACCUCAAGGACCUGCCCCGCCGCUCCAAGACUUCGUCUGCCAAGCGCGGCGUCGUUGCCAUGCGCCAGGAGUUCCAGCGCUGGGCCGCCAUUGCCGAGGAGGCCGACCACCACCACUCGUGCGGCGCUCACGGCAAGGAGAACGUUGUCUAA